AUGCACGCCUUCCCUUUGGCCUCUAACCAAACGAACGCCUCUUCGUGUUGUAAAUGUCUUGUCGAAUGGAUUUGUUUGUUUGGAGUUCCAUCAACCAUCAUUUCAGAUCAAGGUCCUCAGUUCGUGAGUGGAAUCUGGGAUCAAGUGAUGCAAGUUCUGAAAAUCGAAAAAAGACUGGCUUCAACAUAUCAUCCACAAUCAAACGGAAAAUUAGAACGGAUGCAUAGAUCGCUCAAGAAUUCUAUUCGAUGCCGUUUGGAUGGUAAACAAAACUGGUUAGCUGAACUGCCGUGGGCGCUCAUGGGUUUGAGGAACCAUCCGAACGUCGACUCGGGAUUUUCUCCAUCAGAGGCCGUUUUUGGGAAGCCACUGAAACUUCCGGGAGAGAUACCGGUCCCAUUCCCUCACGUGGCAUCUGCAUCGUUCGCGGAUGAGUUAAAGAAGUCUUUGGCAGCACAGCUUUCAUCUCCC